GCCCUGGCCGCCAUUGUUUGAAUUUGAAAACCAGAACGUCGCGUUGCUGCGGGCAGGUCCGGCAGACCAGGCGAAGUUUGCGGGAGAGGCGGUGGCCCAGGAAAAGCAAAAAACGAAAACAACCCUAUCUUAUUGAGUUUGGGGGUUUCAAGGCUGAUCAAGAAAAAGAUAUAACCACAAGGUGGCAGUAGCAUAGAAGGAACUUUACUAGGGUAGCAUUUUGACAAGAUUGCAUGCAAGAAUGGAAUCUAACUUAAAUCAAGAUGGGGUGCCCAGACCAUCUUAUGUUUUUAGUGCUGACCCAAUUGCAAGGCCUUCGGAAAUAAAUUUUGAUGGCAUUAAGCUUGACCUCUCUCAUGAAUUUUCCUUAGUUGCUUCAAGCACUGAGGCAAACAGUUUGGAAUCCAAAGAUUAUCUCCAGGUUUGUCUUCGAAUAAGACCCUUCACACAGUCAGAAAAAGAACAUGAAUCUGAGGGCUGUGUGUAUAUUCUGGACUCACACACUGUUUUGCUGAAAGAUCCUCAAAGCGUCCUUGGUCGGUUAAGUGAGAAAAGCUCUGGGCAGAUGGCACAGAAAUUCACCUUUUCCAAGGUGUUUGGCCCGAAAACUACACAGAAGGAAUUCUUCCAGGGUUGCAUUAUGCAACCAGUGAAAGACCUCUUGAAAGGACAGAGUCGGCUGAUUUUUACUUAUGGGCUAACCAAUUCAGGAAAAACUUACACAUUUCAAGGCACAGAAGAAAAUAUUGGCAUUCUGCCUCGAACUUUGAAUGUAUUAUUUGAUAGUCUUCGGGAAAGACUGUAUACAAAGGUGAACCUUAAACCACAUAGGUCCAGAGAAUACUUACGGUUAUCACCAGACCAAGAGAAAGAAGAAGUUGCUAGCAAAAGUGCAUUGCUUCGGCAAAUUAAAGAGGUUGUUAUACAUAAUGACAGUGAUGAUACUCUUUAUGGAAGUUUAACAAAUUCUUUGAAUAUCCCAGAUUUUGAAGAAUCCAUGAAAGAUUGUGAACAAGCUAGCUUGAAUAUGGAAAAUAAUAUAAAGUUUUCUGUGUGGGUUUCUUUCUUUGAGAUUUACAACGAAUGUAUUUAUGACUUGUUUGUUCCUGUAUCAUCUAAGUUCCAAAAGAGAAAGAUACUACGCCUUUCCCAAGAUAUAAAGGGCUAUUCUUUUAUAAAAGAUUUACAAUGGGUUCAAGUAUCUGAUUCCAAAGAAGCGUAUAGACUUUUAAAACUAGGAAUAAAGCACCAGAGUGUUGCCUUCACAAAACUGAACAAUGCUUCGAGUAGAAGUCACAGCAUAUUCACUAUUAGAAUAUUACAGAUUGAAGAUUCUGAAAUGCCUCGUGUAAUGCGAGUCAGUGAAUUGUCUUUAUGUGAUCUUGCUGGUUCAGAACGAAGCAUGAAGACACAGAAUGAAGGUGAAAGGUUGAGAGAGACUGGAAACAUCAAUACUUCUUUACUGACUCUGGGAAAGUGUAUUAAUGUUUUGAAGAACAGUGAAAAGUCAAAGUUUCAACAGCAUGUGCCUUUCCGGGAAAGUAAACUGACCCACUAUUUUCAAAGUUUUUUUAAUGGUAAAGGGAAAAUAUGUAUGAUUGUCAACAUCAGCCAGUGUUGUUUUGCCUAUGAUGAGACACUGAAUGUCUUGAAGUUCUCAGCCAUUGCACAAAAAGUUUGUGUUCCAGAUACUUUAAAUUCCUCUCAAGAGAAAUCCUUUGGACCUGUCAAGUCUUCACAAGAUACAUCACUAGACAUUAAUAAUACAGAUAAUAAAAUAUUAAAUGUGAAAAGAGCCACAAUUUCCUGGGAAAGUAGUCUAGAAGAUCUGGUGGAAGAUGAAGAUUUGGUUGAGGAUGUCGAAGAAGCUGAAGAAAACCAAAAUAUGGAAACUGAACUUACUGAUGAACAUCUAGAUAAAACAUUAGAGGAAGAUAAGGCUUGCAUUGGCUACGAGAAGAGAAAACUGUUGAAUUUAAUAGAAGACUUGAAAAGAAAACUGAUAAAUGAAAGAAAAGAAAAGUUAACAUUGGAAUUUAAAAUUCGUGAAGAAGUUACACAGGAAUGUACUCAAUAUUUCGCUCAGCGGGAAGCUGACUUUAAGGAAACGCUCCUUCAGGAACGAGAGAUAUUAGAAGAAAAUGCUGAGUGUCGUUUGGCUAUCUUCAAGGAUUUGGUUGGUAAAUGUGACACUCAAGAAGCACCAACAAAUGAAGAUUGUGCUGUGAAAGUUGAACACGAAGAAGCGCAUAAUUAUGUAGGAAUUGAAGAUAUUAUUGAUUCUCUUCAAGAUGAUGUCACUGAUAUUAAGAAACAGGCUGAAAUUGCUCACUUAUAUAUUGCAUCUCUUGCUGACCCCCAGGAAGCUAUUGCUUGUUUAGAACUAAAGUUUAAUCAAGUUAAAGCUGAAUUAGCUAAAACCAAAGAAGAAUUAAUCAAAACCCAGGAAGAGUUAAAAAAGAGAGAAAAUGAAUCAGAAAUGAACUUAAAUUCAUUGGUUCAAGAGCUUGAGAAAUCUAAAAAGAAAAUAAUUAUGCAGAAUCAAAGAAUUCAAGACUUGAUAGAUAUAACUGAUCAAAAAGAGAAUACAAUCAACAAAUUUCAGAACUUAAAGUAUCGUAUGGAAAACACAUUUAAAGGCAGUGAUAAGGCUGGUCCAUCUUUAAUAAUAAAUAAUAAAUUGGCUUGUAAUGAAACAGUUGAAAUGUCUAAGGACAACAAAAUGAAAACCUGUUUACGAAGAAAAAGAUUAAAUGAAGAUGAGCGUCAGCAAGAUGAACCACCAGCAAAGAAAGGACCUAUACAUGUUAGUCCAACUAUUACUGAAGACCAAAAGAAAGCUGAAGAAAUGCAACAGAGCAUUUCAGAAGAUGAGGAAGACGUUAGAGUUUUACAAGAAAAUAGUGAGCUGAAAACACGUUUACUCGUUGUUGAGAAUGAACUUAAAAAUGAAAUGGAAGAAAAAGCAGAAUUAAAUAAACAGAUUGUUAGUUUUCAGCAGGAACUUUCUUUUUCUGAGAAAAAGAGUUUUACUUUAAGUCUAGAAAUCCAACAAAUUCAGUCCAAUUAUGACAGUGCAAUUUCUGAAUUACAUGUGCUGAGAGGUAUAAAUCGAGAACAGGAGGAAAAGAUCAUGAAUUUGUCAAAGGAGUUAGAAACCGCUAAAAGAAACACCACAAAUAAUGUUUCACAAAUAAAAUUAAUGCAAGCAAAAAUAGAUGAACUACGUACGCUUGAUUCAGUGUCUCAGAUCUCAAACAUAGACUUACUCAAUCUCAGGGAUCUGUCAAGUGGUUCUCAAGAGAAUAAUUUGCCAAAUACACAGCUACACUUUUUGGAUAAUAAUGAUUUGGUAAACAAGCAGCUUAAAGAAUAUCGUAUUCAAGAACUCAGUAGGGAAAGUUCUUUCCACUCUAGUAUUGAAGCCAUUUGGGAAGAAUGUAAGGAGAUUGUAAAGGCUUCUUCCAAAAAAAGUCAUCAGAUCCAGGAACUGGAACAACACAUUGAAAAAUUAGAGGCAGAAAUAAAAGGCUACAAGGAUGAAAACAAUAGACUAAAAACAGAGGAGAGGGAGAAUAAAAAUCAGGAUGACCUUCUAAAAGAGAAAGAAAGUCUCAUACAGCAGCUCAAAGAAGAAUUGCAAGAAAAAAACAUUAAUCUUGAUGUGCAAGUACAGCAUGUAGUUGAAGGAAAGAAAGCACUUUCAGAACUUACAGAAGUUGUUACUUGCUAUAAAGUGAAAGUAAAGGAACUGGAAGCAAUCUUAGAAACUCAGAAAGAUGAAUGUAGUCGUUCAGCCAAGUUAGAACAAGAAGUUUUGGAAAAGGAAACUAUCAUCUUAAAACUAGAAAAAAAUCUGAAGGAAUUUCAAGCAAAUCUUCAGGAUUCUAUCAAAAACACCAAAGAUUUAAGUGAAAGGGAAGUCAAGUUAAAAGAAGAAAUCACACAUUUGACAAAUAACUUGCAAGAUGCAAAGCAUUCACUUCAAUUAAAGGAAGAAGAAAAAGAAACCAACUGGCAAGAAACAGAAAAGUUGAAAGAGGAGCUCUCUGCAAGCUCUGCUCUUACCCAGAAUUUGAAAGCAGAUCUUCAGAGGAAGGAAGAAGAUUAUGCUGAGCUGAAAGAGAAACUGGCUGAUGCCAAAAAGCAGAUUGAGCAAGUCCAGAAAGAGGUGUCUGUAAUGCGUGAUGAGGAGAAAUUACUGAGGAUUAAAAUUAAUGAACUGGAGAAAAAGAAAAACCAGUGCUCUCAGGAAAUAGAAAUGAAACAGAGAACCAUUCAGCAACUAAAGGAGCAGUUAAGUAAUCAGGUGGAAGAAGCUAUACAACAGUAUGAGAGAGUGUGCAAAGAUCUAAAUGUUAAAGAGAAAAUAAUUGAAGACAUGAGAAUGACACUGGAAGAACAAGAACAAACUCAGGUAGAACAAGAUCAAGUGCUCGAGGCUAAAUUAGAGGAAGCUGAAAGACUAGCCACAGAAUUGGAAAAAUGGAAGGAAAAAUGCAAAGAUCUGGAAACCAAAAGUAAUCAAAGGUCAAGUAAAGAACUUGAGGAUAACACAGAUGUACUUAGUAAACAGCUCAGUAAGCUUCAAGAUGAGUUUCAGGAAUCUGAACAGAAAUAUAAAGCUGAUAGAAAGAAAUGGUUAGAAGAAAAAAUAAUGCUUAUUACUCAGGCAAAAGAAGCUGAGAAUCUACGAAACAAAGAAAUGAAAAAAUAUGCUGAAGACAGAGAGCGUUGUUUAAAGCAACAAAAUGAAGUGGAUAUACUUACAGCACAGCUGUCAGAGAAAGAUAGUAACCUUCAAAAGUGGCGAGAAGAGCGAGAUCAACUGGUUGCAGCAUUAGAAAUACAGCUGAAAGCACUGAUUUCUAGUAAUGUACAGAAAGAUAAUGAAAUUGACCAAUUGAAAAAGAUCACAUCAGAGGCUUCGAAAACUGAAAAACAAACCAUGGAUAUUAAGCCAUGUUCAACGGAUCCUGGCAGAGUUGAAAUUGAACCUCAAUCAACAAGUUUUGAAAUUUCCAAGAAUGAAGUAGAGGAUGGAUCUGUAGUCCUUGACUCUUGUGAAGUGUCAACAGAAAAUAAUCAAACUACUCGAUUUCCAAAACCUGAGUUAGAGAUUCAGUUUACACCCUUACACCCAAACAAAAUGUCAGUGAAACACCCUGGUUGUACCUCACCAAUGAUGGUUAAGAUUUCCAAGACCCGGAAGAGGAAGAGUAAUGAAAUGGAGGAGAGUAGUAUAUUUUCAAGCUGGUGGAAGAGCAGAAAUAGUAUUAACCAUACUCCUGAGGCUCUCUGUCAGGACUUUGUGAAAUAUGAAAAUAAGAAGAAUGCUACACCCAGAACUAAUUUGAAAUCCCUUAUUUCUGAGCAUAGCGAUUCUUCUGUCAAAAAGGAACAAAAGGUUUCCACACGUCCAUCAUCAAAGAAAACAUAUUCUUUACGGAGUCAGGCAUCCACACUUAAUACAAACUCAGCCACUAAGAAAAAAGAAGGAACGCUACAGAAAUUUGGAGACUUCUUACAACAUUCUCCAACAAUUCUUCAAUCAAAAGCAAAGAAGAUAAUUGAAACGAUGAGUUCUUCAAAGCUCUCAAAUGUAGAAGUAAGUAAAGAAAAUGUGUCUCGACCAAAACGGGCUAAACGGAAAUUAUACACAAAUGAAAUUUCAUCUCCUAUUGAUAUAUCUGGCCAAGUGGUUUUGAUGGAUGAUAAAGUGAAAGAAAGUGAUCAUCAGAUUCUCAAACGACGACUUCGGACUAAAAUAGCCAAAUAAGUCACUUAUGGAGAAUGUUUUAAUAUAAAUUUUAUAGUCAUAAUCAUUGUAACUUACGUCUUGACUUUUUAAAGAUAAUUGUAUAUGAUGCAUUAAAUCCCUCUGUAUAUACAUUGCUAUUUUAUACAUAGUAUAAUUUUAAUUCAAUAAAGAAUAUGUCAGCAAUAAA